AUGAAUAAUCUAAACACUGUUCUUCAGCAGCUCAAGAGCGACAAGGUCAAAGAGCGACAAGAGGGCAUUUCGUCAAUCCGCAACGUCUUUACACGAGAUCACGCAGUUGACAACCUUGAUGACACGCAGGAUGGUCGCGCAUGGCUUGUCGUCUUUCAAGCUAUCUUCACCAACGUUCUCAAAGAGAAGGAGGCGACGGCAAAGAAGUCAGGAGCGGCGCCCGCACUGCGUCGUUUGGACGAUGCCGUUUCUUGCUUGCGAUGGCUCACCUUGCGGAGCGUCCACCUCCUGAACAAGAAAGUGAUUAAACCUCUCAUGGCACAUCUUUUGCAGAUGAUGGUAGACAAAGGGGAGCUCAAUGGUCAUGUCUGCCUAGACUACCUCAAGAUAAUCAGAUGUGUGCUGAGCUGGACACCUCAUCUGGAGAAUCUCGAAGAAAGUACAUGGAUUGACCUCGUCAAGAUGGCUUUCAACGUUGUUUUGGGCGACCCUCUGCGGAGGAAAUUAGAUGAAUGUCUUGAUGACGGAGGAGAGAUUGAUGCAAUGGAUGUCGAUGACUCAAUGUACCAAAAUGACUCAGGCGUAGAUGAAGAAGAGGGUGCAUUGACUGCAUCGUCGCGCAAGCGACGGAGAGAUGCAAGCGCGACUCCCGGUCCCAGCUCCAAACGCCUUCAUUCUUCCAAGACUGGUCCUACUGCUUCUCUCGAGCAGAUUGAAUUUACCUCUCUAUUGGUCAUACUUCUCCGCUCUCCUUCCGCUCCCUUAGUGGCGUCUCAAUAUCCCUACAUGCCAUCUGCUAUCCUUGUACGGAUGCGACGCUUUCUGGAAAAGUUUCCUGGCGAUACCUCUUUGCACCACGAUUACCUCAUUGCCCUUCAGGCUGUCCUGUCCCACUAUGCACUCAAUCAAACCGACGAAGUGAAGAGAUUUGCUCAAGACUCUUGGGAUGGUCUAGUCGGUCUCUGGGGCACCAAGAACAAACAAUUGAAAGAAUUUCUGCUUGAUACUGGUGGUGGACCGCCAUCAGCUUGGUCUGAUAGGAUUUAUCGACUCUGGCACCUACUCAACGGCGAGGCUGACAUUCGAUGGGGGGUAGACAAUCUACUGUUGGAAUGCAUCAGGCUAGAAGUAUCGACUUUAAACAAGGGAAAAAACAACACAGAACCAUUCAUUUGUCGGACGUUUCGUGCGGGGUGGCAUUUUGAUGCCAGUCAAGCUAUGGCCUGGGCCGUACUAGAGCUUCAGGCAGAUUGCGUUAAUCAGCUGUUCAAUUAUUCGGAAUCUAUCCACAAUGCGACGCUCAACCCUGCAAUGGCAGGCAACAAACAUCAAAGGAGAGAGGAUCCUAUCACAACGUUGUUAUUUUCCAUUCAGUCCGCUUCUCAUAACUCUGUUCGCGUUUACCGGCUGCAGGUCCUCCUGUUUUUUAUAGACCGAUACUGGUUCCGAAUACAUGAUACGCUGCAAGAUUCCGUGAUUAGCGUCCUCGUCCAAUUCAUCUCCUUUGAUGAUCCCAUAGUGCAGUCUUGGGUCUUCGUCUGUCUAGCCGCCAUUGCCGAGGCAGAAGGCGCUCAACUUUCCCUUCUAUCUUCCCAGCAACAGCAUGUCGCAGCUAGGCAGUCAACUAAUCAAACCUUUGAUAUUUGGGACCCCAUAUGGACCCAUGCUAUGCGCCGCGCCAACGUUCCGACUGUGUACCGCGCCGCAUGCCAUACAGCCUAUACUCUGAUGCGAUUCUCUCAGCAUUUUCUAGCAUCUCAUCGGAUGUUGUCGGAAAUCGAGACUUUUGCGAAAGACCUCGAGACGCAAGGUCCUACAGCUCCAACCGACUCCGUCUGCGUGUUCCUAACGGAGGCCUUGCGUAUCGCCGGGCAGGACGUAAGGCUUUAUCGCAUGCAGUUAGAAGAAAAAGUACUGGCAUGGCUUCUCGACAACCUUCGUUUAGGCCGAGCGAAGGAUACCACCAUGGAAAGAUACCGCAUGCCCUUAUAUACUCCCGGUGAUCUUUUGAUUCUUCUCCAAGGCGUUAUCGCAGUGCCGAAAAGAUGCGAGUUUGCAUGGUCUCCUUCGCUCCCGGAAAGCUCCAUCGUCGAUGUUCUGAUGGACGAGAAGAGCACCCAGCCAUUACGCGAUUACAUUCUACGCGCAAAACUCCUCGAUACGCAAGAUGGACAUCGAAAUAUCUCUAGCUCCGAAGAACCGCAGUCAUAUUUUGAAGAUCAAAUCACUGUCGAUGAAAAUGACCUCCUCCAACCAAAUGGUCGCGUUCGCCGGAUCUCUGGGACCUUGCUGAGCUCACUGGAGACUGUUCUGUCCCGGUUUGAGGCUUUCGCAGAGGCCAAAUCCCACCUUACCGCAGAGGUGCUUCGACAAUCUUUAGAUGCUGCAGUCGUUUCAUUGUCCUUUGAGUCCCUCAUGGUUUACAACGGCACUCGGCCCAACAAGCGAGUAAUUCAACUAGCAGGGAAUGUCAUCUCACUUAUCGCUCCUCUAAUAACGGACUCGAAAUGGACAUCUGAAGAAAGGCUUCUCAUUCUAAGAGGCUUGGAGCUGUUGAUUUCUGACGGCACAUCCGGCAAUCGUAAUGUCGCGUGGGACACGAUGCUAGCUGCGGGUUCUGGGACUGGCGUUAAGACUCAAAGAUCGGGAGACUCACGUUCACGUAGAGCCAUUCAAUCUGUGGGAUCCCGGUCGCGCUUUCGACAAGUGCUCUGGCGCAACCCAGAGAUUCGAGAAAUCUUUGGGCCAGUCUCGGGGGCUCUCAAGGACACUUUGAGAGUAUACUCGGGACAAGGAUCCGGCGGUGAUCAUGCUGCAAAUGUUUCGGACAAAGAUGGUUUUGGGCCCAUCCGAACGGGACAAUCAUCAGACCCGACCAACGAAAAGGGGAUGAGUGACAAUUUACGCAUUUCUGUCGUUAAGACCGCAGUAGAUUUGCUCGCUUUGCUUCCGAUGCUACAGGCAACUUCAGCUGAGCCUGUACGCGACAGGGAGCUCACCAACUUCUUUAUGGAGUGCUCUGAUGCUGACUUCAUUGCUCUUGGUCCUUCAUACUUUGAUCAAGUGGGUAAACGGCUGCUCAAUUUAUCUGCCGAUACCCUCGAUCAGUUUCUCCUCAAGUUGGAGCCAAUGCUCGGCCAGUACGCCUACAAACGGUCUGAAGAAGUGAUAUUAUAUGCUUGCCAUAUUCUUAACUCAACCAUGCAUCUUUGGCUCCAAGAUAGUUUUGCGAACGCCGAUGUUGGGGACCACGUCCGUGAACUCUGUUCCUGGCUUGCCAGAGUAGCACGGGAAAGGAAGAUACGAUCCUGGCGUAUUCGUGAUACCAUCUGCAGAUUCCUUAGCAAUUACGUGAAACUUGAUCCAGAGCAAAUAUUUUGGUCUACAGAAAAUGGUGAUGCCCAUAGCCCCUCAUUUCUCCUUCCAAUGAUGGGUGCGGACGAUGAUACAAGGGUCCGAUUCCGGGCAGCUACUUGCAAUGCACAGUUGUUAUCCCACUUGCAAAAAGCUGGCGUGGACGAAUCGCUAUUAUAUGACGAGAUCAAGAAAUGGCUCACCCGGGACUUGGGAGAGUUUGAACAGAUGUUGACGCGAAUGUUGACCUUGGGAAAUCUGAUGGUUGUCAGUUCUACAGUCAGGAGAGGGCCUUAUUGGCAUUUGAUUGAAGCCGCUUUCCACAGCUCUCUGUAUACCCGAUACAUACAAGCCAUCUUAAGGGCUGUUUCCGACAGGAUGGGUUUAUCCAAGCAUUCGGACCUGUUCGAAGCUUACGCUUCCCAGAUUGCAUCCUCAAUCAGGCAGGCUGGUCAAGAUAUUAUGCGACUCCCGCCGUCACUCCUUGGUUAUACGAGCCGGAAAGAAUGCGCCGACAGUACUUUCCUUGCGUUCACGCCCACGAAUUUGUUAGCCGUUGACACGGAUCCGAAUGCAACAGAACAUGGACAAGACUUGUUCUUGAGCCACUGCGCAGCAAUGGAGAAGGAGCCCAAAGAGGCUCUCAAAGAAUCUCUUGGAACCCUGAUCGGCUUUCUAUUAGUACAAUGGCUUGAUGGUUGCCCUGCUCAGGAUCGGUCUACCGAACAGCUAGAGCAGCUCUUUGCCUCAAGAAACAUCCGUCUUGCCGAAUAUGACGGAUUGGAACGCUGUAUCAAGUACAACGCUGACAGGGUUGUCACAAUGAUUUUGUGCACUCUGGCAGAUCAAGACUUCACGACCGAGGGCCCGGUUUUCCGUGCUCUACAUGAACUAGACAGCACUAGACCUGCCGCAAUGGUCUUCCGAAGUCUAUCUCAGUACAGACGACUAGACGACUGCUCCCUACACCAUCCCAACCUUCCGGCCUUCGGUACGCUGGCAGUGAUCAGUUCUUUGAAUUGGUGCUUUGAUAUUGUGCCAAAAGAGCAUAUGCGUGCUUUAUUAUUUCAUGUCCUGCAUCAAAUGUUCGCGGAGAUUCACAGGACACCCCUCAUCAACGAACAGAUGCGCCUUCUGAACGGUAUCACAUUAUUCGUUGCUCUGCAUCACCAAGACAUGCACGAUCCUACCUUAUUAUACGGUUUCGCUCGUCAGUCGUCUGCAUUGUUGCAAGAAGUAAUGCUGGUCCCCGCAGCACAGUCAUUCUUACAGUGGUCGUUCUCAGUUUACAAGGCGAAAGGGAUCGAUGAACCACGUCUCCCCGAUGUCUUGAUCCGGACAUGUGUUGCUGCCCACUCAUAUGCAACCAUUUCUGAGGAUAAAACAGCAAUUUCAUUGGGUAAUCGACUCCUCUCGUGGAUCGAUGAUCAGACGUAUGACCUAGCACAAGUUCCGGCUCUCUGGCCUCAAGUCAUGAAUGCCCUCUCUGCAUGGCCGCAUCAGCCGUCCACACAGCUACUGACGAUGUAUCAGGACAUCAACUAUGAGCGUCUGUCAGCGACACUUGGCGAUCAUCGCAUCUUAUCCAACAAGUUCCGCCUUGUUCGGCGAAUGCGUGACCUUGCGGCCAAACAGACCUAUGACAAGGAGCAAUUCGCUCGCGUAGACUUUUGGAGAUUAAAGGGCUCUAUACCUGCUAACAACCAGAUCCUGGAUCAUGACGUAGAGGCUUUCGCUUCUCUGCUUGUGCUCAAUGCUGGGGGUAUAUACAGCUUCAAAAAGGAGCAAACCAUGGCAUCUAGUAUGCGUCAAAUGCACCGGUACAAUGUAUCCAAACAAGAUCCUACCUUACGGAAAUCUUCUCAGAAAGCCAUCGUCGAAGUGUUGCUAUCACUUUUGGAUGGUGACGCUCCCAGCGUGGCGGAUCUGGCGUAUCGCACUCUUCGUUCCUUGAUGUCCGUUCAAAGCGCAGAUGCCAUUCUCCUGCAGUCCUGGGCAUCCGACCAACGCACUUGUCUCACAUAUCUGCAACAAUAUCCAGUUGGAACUUGUACGAAAGCCGCUGCGAAUUUGGUCCACCUGGCUGUUGGCCAGUCCAGAGCAGAAUGCGACUUUGCCACAUGGAUUACUAUGAUUACGACGACUCAACGAUGUUUUGCCACUGUUAGUGCACAAGGUUCUGGAGAAUGCAGCACAAAAUCGUUCAUCGACAGCUCCGUCACUGAAAUCAAUGCUCUCACAGUACUUCGCCGAUGUCCUACGGUCCACGGAUACGCAUGUCUCAUGUCUGCGGUCUAUUGGAGCAAUAACCCCGACUUGCUAGCUUAUGACAAAUGGUUAGAUAUUGACCACGAUCUCUUGGCUAGGAGCGCCGUUCGGUGCGGAGCUUACACCACCGCUCUUUUAUUCCUGGAGCUUUCUGUGGAGAAGGAGAAACCUAGGCGCAAUCCACAAGACACAGAGCAGAUUAUGUUCGACAUUUACAGCCACAUUGACGAACCUGACGGAUUCUAUGGCAUUGCAACCGCCGACAUGAGUGCCUUCCUGAUUCGGCGCUUCCACCACGAGAAGCAGUGGGACAAAGCUUUCCGGUUUCAUGGAGCUGGACUGGAGGCGCGAGACGACAGUCGCAAUGAUGCCGAUGGGUUGCUCAGUGCAUUCCGGGCCUUUGGAUUUGACCAUCUGGCUGUUGGAGCCUUACAUAAUACACAGGUUGGAGGCGACUCUCACUCUCAGUCGUCAACUCUUAGCUAUCAACUUGGUUGGAGAACGGAAACAUGGAACUUACCCGACCGCCUUGAUACUUCCAAUGCUGGCCUUUCUAUUUACAGGUCUCUUCGCGGUGUUUUCAGAGAACGGGACCCCGAGGCAACUAGGGUGAUCACGCAAGCCGCCUGCCGCGACGAAAUAGCUCGGAUGCGAGAACUAGGGAGCGAAAACAUUAUGGAAAUUCGCCAGGUCGCGCAGAACCUCAUGUGUCUUAAUCAAAUUGAUAAAUGGACCAACGUUGGAAUGCAGCAAAGUCUGGCUCGAAGGUCAAUCGAAGUAGAAGACCAGGUAGCCAUUGCAAGUAUUGAUCCUAGAUUUGAAUUUUCGGACAUGGAGAGUAUAAUGGCUACGCGACUCUCCUUGCUUCACUCCGCUAGACAGAAAGAACAACGAGACCAGAUCGGAGCAAUGACCACCCCCUUUCUUCAGCAGCUUAUCGAGCUAGAAAAGCAAUGUCUCAUUAACCUUUCCGAGGCCGCACGACAAUCAGAUCAGCUUCAAAUUGCGCUGAACUCUGUGGUGAAAGCCCGCCGCUUGGAGAGUGAAAAAGCGCUUGAUGUUUCGCAGGAGUUUGCGCACGUCCUUUGGCGUCUAAAUGAGCAGAGGCCAGCGGUACAAUUCCUUCGGGAAGUCACGCAACAGCCGAAUAUGGCGAAAGGGAAUGUCAGCUCUACCUUCAAGCGGCAAAAUGCUUUAUCGCUUGCCACGCUGGGAACAUGGAGUUCGGAAGGUUGCUUGGAGAGACCAGCAGACAUAACUACCCAGUUCUUCAUACCAGCUGUCAGACUUGCAGGCGAGCUGGAGAAUUACACGGAACAUGCAUGUGGCGAAGCAUGCUCCUCCGUAUAUCACCAAUACGCUAUGUUCGCUGAGCAACAAUAUCAGACCAUCAUCAAGUCUCCGGACAUGAUCCGGUGGAAAAUCUAUGUUGAUCGCAAAAUGCAAGAAAUCCGUCAACGAGAAGACCAAAUGAAGCAAGUACCAAGAUCCCAGCCUGGAUAUGAAGAGCAGAAGAGGAAUCAAGACCAUGAGCUCAAGAGGGCGAGAGCUAUACUCGAAGCUGAUACAAUCUCCUAUGAGCAACUCAAACAAGCUCAAUUUGCCUUCCUUGUCCAGGCUCUAGAGAUGUACUCUCGCUGUCUGUCGUCGGCUGACAAAUACGAUGACGAUGGGCCUAUUCGGUUAUGCUCCCUCUGGCUUGCCAACUUUGACAGUCCAGAACUGCAGACCAGUCUGGCUAACAUUCUACCCCGCAUCCCUUCUCGGAAAUUUGUCUUCUUGGCUCACCAGCUAUCUGCCCGUAUGGCGAAGUCAGACGAUAUUUUGGAAAGUCAGGCCAAUCUUCAAAGCCUCGUUCUUCGCAUGUGCCGCGAGCAUCCGUUCCAUAGUCUUUAUCAGGUCUACUCUUUGUCACCAGAGCAAUCAUCAAACAGUAGGCGAUCAUCUUCGAGGCACCAAGCGUCCUCGCAGACCGCUCGUGCUGAAGCUGCAAUCUCCGUACUCCAACGUCUCAGAGCGGAUCCUGCUUGCUGUGAUCGGCUUGAAGCUGUAGAGAGGCUCUGUGAGGCCGCUAUUCAAUGGGCCAACCAUCGGCUGCCAAAGGCGCCACCCAAGGGCUCAACUAUGAUACCUGAUACGUUCGCCAUACGCUCCAUUAAGGCUUUGCGCAUCCCGGUCAUGACCGCGCACACUCCCAUCGACCCCACCCUUGAAUACAAAAACUGUGUGCUGAUAUCGCACUAUGAAACUCACUACAAAACGGCCGGCGGUAUCAGCAUGCCCAAAAUAUGCGUUUGCGUAGGGGACAACGGCGAGAAAUUCACUCAACUCUUCAAAGGUCAUGAUGAUUUACGACAAGAUGCUGUCAUGGAGCAGGUUUUCGAUCUCGUGAAUGCUGUCUUACGAGUCGAUCGCGAGACAAGGCGCCGGAGCCUGAGUGUUCGUGGUUAUAAGGUGAUACCUCUGGCUCCUCAGGCCGGCGUUCUUGAGUUCGUGACGAACACAACACCGCUGCGAAACUGGGUGGCUGACGCUCACCAGAGAUAUCGGCCAAAAGAUUUGACAUUUCUCAAGACUACAGAUCUUUUGCGAGAUGCCCGUCAACAAAACUCUUCGCAAGGCCCUCUGGUCACCACGUACAAAACGAUACAGAAAAAGUUCCAACCCGUGAUGCGUUACUAUUUUACUGAGAAACACAAGCAUCCGAUGGCCUGGUUCGCUAUGCGUUUAGGCUAUACUCGCAGUGUGGCCACAACAUCCAUCACUGGUCACGUUCUUGGAUUAGGUGACCGUCACCUCAGCAACAUUCUCAUGGAUAAUAUAUCAGGGGAGGUCGUUCACAUUGACUUGGGAAUUGCCUUUGAUCAGGCAUGUCAUACGUUGGGCAAGCUUCUUCCCGUGCCUGAACGUGUUCCCUUCCGUAUGACCCGAGAUAUGGUCGAUGGCAUGGGUAUUUCUGGGACGCAGGGAGUGUUCCAGCGCUGCGCUGAAGAAACACUUCGUGUCUUGCGUGAGCGCUCAGACGUCAUCAUGACCGUACUGGAAGUCUUCAAAUACGAUCCCCUCCACUCUUGGACGGCGAGUGAGUUCAAGUUGCAGCAAGUCCAAAGCAGUGCAAACACCGAUGCCAAUCAGGUACCUGCACCAGCAAUUACGCGUGCGGGGACUCGAGCUGGCGACAUCGAUCUUGACCUGGAUAGCGGGUCUGCGUCUGAAGCAGCGGAUCGUGCGCUGUCGUCUGUCUCCCGCAAGCUCAGCAAGGCCCUCAGCGUCGAGUAUGUCGUGAACGAGUUGGUAUCUGAGGCUACGGAUGUGGUCAAUCUCGCCACUAUCUUCGUUGCUCUACGCCGACAUGAUUCAUAA